UCUUCUCCCCUCCGUUCCCUUUCUCUCUCUCUCUUUCUCUCUCUCUCUCUCCGUCUCUCUCUCUCUCCUGACAAAUGCUUCUAAAUCUCCCUUCCUCUCUCAGAUAUCCUCUCCCAUCAUCGUAUUCGUAAAACAGAAAUCCUUCACAGACCGUCCGUUUUGCUCAUCGGCCACCGAUCCGUUUUCUCUGGCCGUCGAAUCUCUCUCUCUCUCUCUACCCCUUUUGGAUUGGGGUCAUUUCCGUCCUAAUUUUCUAGUUGGAUGAUUUUACCUUUUUACCCUUCUCGUAUUCCUUUUUCCCUCUUGCGCCAUUAAUCGUUUUUUUAUUACCCUCUUUCUCAGAACUCUUGGCAGUUUCGGUAAAAUGAGCCUUUGUGCUGACGUGGCACGUCAUUGAGGGAACUGUCCGACGCGAUGUCGAGCAACCCCCAUCGCGUUUUGACACCCGUUGGGGCGUCGAGAAAGCGAAAAGAGAGAGACGCCCUUGACGCUCCCAAGGCGUCAACAUCCGCCGCACAAGCCGAGCCGCCUCCUGACAACCGGCUCCUAGCCGGCUACCUCGCCCACGAGUUCCUCACCAAAGGCACCAUCUUCGGCCAGAGGUGGGACCCAGCUGGAGCCGAACAAGCCACAUCACUUGUCGCCGAUUCCAAGAAGCCGAACCCGACCAGCGCUCGACCCGAUCCGAAAGCCACGUCACCCAAGCGGAGAGCCUACGCCGACGUGGCCCACCUUCUGAAGACCGAUGGGACCCAUAUCCCAGGCGUUCUCAACCCUUCCCAGCUCACUCGAUGGCUACAGAUGUGACGCGUCCGUUCCAAAUGGGGACACGUGGCGAGAAACCAUUGGAAUCUCUUAUGUCAGGCGCGAUCCACGUAAGCCUACCUUCGGUCACUUUUUCCUCAUGGUGCAUGCUUCUCGAGAUGGAGCAUGAAACAAAAAGGAAAAACGUAGGAAUUAAAAAAUCACUUUCUUAUCUUUUUCGUAGCUUUUUUUUUUUCUUUUUAAAUGUAAAACCAUUUCCACCGUUUUCAAUCGUAGCCGUAGAUUAAAACUAAAAAAUGAAAACACGACUUUCGUUGUUUCAUUACUGAAAUAUCUCACUCUCGUAAUCUCGCAGCAGUAUCGGAAUGUCUCAUAGCUAGAAUUGUCUGUUUCGCGGGAAA